UAGAACUUUAUAACAACUUUAAUAAUUAUUUCAUUAAUAAUUAAUCGGAAAAAAUAAUUAAAUCCUACAAGAAUGAUUAUAAAAUAUUGUUAUUGUUAUUGAUCACGCCACAAGAAAAUGUCGUUGUAAACUGUCUUGCACGAAAAUCUACAGCUCUGCGAUAAUUCUACAUAGAAACAAUUACAUCAUGAUUAAACUAGAUAAUAUAAAAUCCCCGACCACGUCUAAAUUGAAUGUUAGACUAAAGGAUGAAUCGGAAUACACCUCUAGAAAAAAACGUACUCGUGUUAAAAUCAAGAUAUCUCGUACAAAUUCUAAAAGUAGGGUAUGUAAUAUCGUUGAAAAUAAAAAUGAUUUAAUUGAUAAAACUCCGAGCCCAUUUACUAAGUCGUUCGAAGAAGACAAAGGAGCUGCACACGAUGGAACUCUGAAUAAAACUUCCGAAAUAUCUAUCACAGAGCCCAGUGAGUUAGAGCACGGAGACAAUAUUGGAGAAAGGAAACAACAAGUAUUUAGAAAAGUUAAUUUAAAUUAUAUGUUUAUAGAAUCGGAUAACGAGUCUGAAAUGUUAGGAACUAAGGUAAAUAGUAAACUUUCUUUAAAGAAAUCUUUUGAUAAACAAAUUUCAAAUAAGGAUCGAAUGGAAUGUAAUUUAAAAGAUUGCAACGAAUUAAAAUUUAACGCUGCGCAAAGAAGUAAUAACGAAAUCAAUAAAAAAUUAAUAGAAGCUGAUAUCGUUUAUAAGCUUAUUAACGAACGUAAAGAAUCAAAUGCAUUUAAAGUUCUUAUGAGUCAAAAUAAACCUAUACGUUAUAUUUCAUCUGUACACUCUUUAUUGGAAAACGAUAUUUCUACCGAAUCGAUAAAAGAUAAGAAUAAAGAAAAAUCAAAAUGUUGCCAGGAUAAAUUAUUAACUAUGGAAAACGUAAAGAAUAAUUCAAAGAGGAAACGCGAUGACAAGAAAGAUGUCAACAAAAUAGAAGAAAUACCAGGAAAACGUGUGAAACUUUUUAAAGAAAAUACAAAGAGGGAUAAUAAUUCUACAAUUAAUAGAGAGAAAAAUACUUCAAAUAAUUUAUUACAUUUUUUCAGCAAAUCAACGAUAGGACUAGAGCAAGAAGAUAAAAUAGAAGUAAAUGUGUCAACAACUAUAGUAGUAAAAGCUGAUGUACACAGGUCGGAAAUACCUACAGCGCUAACUGAUACAGCAGAAACUAAAUCAGGUUUUGAACAUAGGAUAAAGGCCGAUAAAUCAGAAAUGGAAUAUUCGAGUAUAGAUAAAAUAGAUUUAAUAACGUCGGAAGGAACAAAACAAGAUCCAAGCAUAGAAGAAAAUUCACAAUUGCUGCAACGCAAUAAGCCUAGAUGGUCUUUAAGAAUUAAAAUGCAGUCUCCGAAAGAUAAGGAAUCUUUAUCUGAUAGCAAUGAAGAAGGGAUAUAUUUUUCAAGAAGUAAAAUAAAAUAUGACAUGGAAGAAAGGAAACGAUCUAAGAAGUCACACGAUAAUACUUUUACCGAAAAGAGGUAUAGAAAUGAACAUGCAAGAUUAGAUUCGGAAAGGAAUGGUCGAAGAAAUAAAUCUGAUACAGUGGCCGCUUCUCUUAACAAUGCAAUACAGGAAGACUUUACCGAUGAUAUUAUACUUGAAAGAGAAAGAAAACAAUUAAGGCAUAUAAAAAAUGUAGAAAAAUGUAAAAAUUGCAAUAACAAUGAAAUUGAUAUUAAUAUGAAGAACGUUUCCAAGGAAUUACAAAUUAUAGAUGAUCGUGUUUUAGAAAAAAAAUCGCAUAAAAAACUUGCACCUCUUUUUAUUAAACAAUCUAAAGCAAAUGCUAUAAAUGUGGCAACAAAGGGUUCAUUUUUACAAUCGGAUAUGAUUAAUAAUGACAGUAAAAGUCUAGAGAAACAGGUACCUAGUUAUAAUUUGAUUUAUUUUCCUUUUCCAAAAAUUAGUCAUAUUAGACAAUUGAAUAAUGAAAUUCAAACUAAUGACGAAGCGGGUACCCAUAAAAUUCGAAUAAAGUCAGAUAUGAAAUAUAUACCGAUAAUGAAUCAUGGUGAUUACAAAUAUAUUUCUCGAUCUCCUAAAUUAUCAAAUGAGCCUCCGAUGACUAUUAAUGCAUCAGUUGAAAAAACUACAGAGGAAAUAUUGACAGAAAUCGAAAAGCGUUGCGCAGAUGCCAGAAAUAUGUGGGAAACCGUUAUCUCUAUAGCAAAGGAUAAGUUUAGCUUAGUACAAUCGGAGAAAUCAAAAAGUAAGAAAGCAAAAUCAAUAGAGAAAGGUCUAACGAAAGAAUGUGAGAAAAAGCUGAUUGCAAACAGUAUUUGGACACAGAAAUAUAAACCAAUGAAUAGUCGUCAAAUAGUUGGCAAUGAAGAAGCUGCAAGAAAAUUAAGAGAUUGGCUAAGUCACUGGAGAUCGUCUCUACGUAAAGAACAUGGUAGCAGCGGUGAUGAAUUUUAUUCGUCGGAUUGUAGUUUUACAAGUAGAAAUGAUAAUAAUCAAGUAGCAGUGUUGUUAGGGCCACACGGAAGUGGCAAAACUGCUAGUGUUUAUGCUGUCGCGGAAGAGCUUGGUUAUAGUAUAUUGGAAGUCAAUGCUUCAUCUAAAAGAACGGGCAAAAAAAUUUUGAAGGAACUCGACGAAGCGACUAAAUCGCACAGAAUUAAAAAGAACGAGAGCAAAUUAUUGGUCAGGCCAGUUUUGAAAAAAGCAAAUGAUUUACCGCAAAAUUCAUUAAUUCUUUUGGAAGAUAUUGAUUUAAUAUUUGAAGAAGAUGAAGGAUUCAUCUCUGCUACGUCCCAAUUGGUGUCCAACACAAAACGUCCUAUUGUAAUGACGUGCAAAGAUGUUUGCCCUCAUUUAUAUAAAAUGGCACCCGAACAAAACCGGAUUUAUUUUCAAAAAAUAGUUGGUAAUAGGGCAUCGACUUUGUUAGAAUUAAUAUCAUUAGCAGAAACGGGUUCUAGAAUUUCGUGCGAAUAUUUAACGGAGCUUCUACAAAAUGGGGAUUUAAGAAAAGCUUUAUUACAAUUGCAGUAUCUGCUAGUAUCAGGUUUCACGCAUGUAACUAAAUAUCCUAUUAAUUCGAGAAGCAUAUUGUGGCAAGAUAUAAGGUAUUAUAUAUAUCAGCCAGCUAUAAAAGAAAAUAAAAAACAAAAGGCGAAAGGUCGCUUAACGAAUAAAAGUACAAAUAUACUGACUAAUUUGGCUGAUCAUUUAGAUAACUUAUCAUUAUUACCAUCUUUAAUCGAGAUUAAUGAUCCUGCGCUCGAUAUGGUAUGUACCAAACUACAGCCCGGUUUAUCUCUAACGGAGGACACGACGUCGUAUUCUGUUUUGCAAAAUAUAAGUUCAGAAAUAGGAGAAUGGAUUGAUCAAAAGAUAAUUCGGAAGAAUCACUUAAACGAUAAAAACAGAAUCCAAUAUCAAGGCACGUUAAACUUAAGAAAGCAAUUGAACAAAGGAAUCGAUAGUGCUUUGUCACAAAUAACAUCCUAUACUUCAGACAAUCGAUCUGUAUCUUUAGAUUACUUACCAUGUGUUAGAACGAUAUGUAGAACGGAAGAAUGUCGAACGAUAUCAAAUAUUAAAAGAGGUAAUCGAUUUUUUCACUAUCUUAAUGGAUCAAGAUUACCGGCCACGUCGAUAAAACCUAAUAUAUUAGCAGCCGCGUGUACAAUACUACAAGAAAAAUCAUGAUGUGAUAUCUCGUCGAUCAGAAUACAUAUAUGCAAAUGUGAAUGAAGUAUGUGUGCCCUUUUGGGAUAGUAUUAUGGCAAUUAAAAUUGCGCACAUAAAUCGCGAGUUUUUGUAACAUUUAUUAAUGUUUUGAUCGAACACAAUGUAUUUCUUGAUCGUAUCAUAAGAAAGUUAAAGUUAUAUUACACUCGAUUAUAAUCGUAUAAAAUGUAUAAUUUCGUUGCUACGAGGAACUUGUACUAGUAUUCUUUAAAUGCACCUUCAUGCGUUGUAAUGGAUAUAUCUUUUGAAAAUGCACAAUAAUCUUUGACUUUUUCUCAUAAUCAAGUAUUCUUCUCAGAUUCUUCUAAUUUCUAUAUUAAUUAUAACGUGGAAUCGUUUCCAAAUAUAUUACACGGAACGAACGAACGAAAACCUCAGAAAUUAUAAAACAAUAGCGAUAAAUAUGAGUGCCUUAGGAAAAGUGAUAACAGAAAUGGAUAUUAUCUUCUCGUUAUGAAAUUUUAUUAUUUUUUUCACUUUUACAUAUGAUAAAAUGUUUGAAUUAAAUCUUUAUGUGAUGUAAUUUGCGGUUCAACUCUUCGAACUUCAAAAUUUUACGUAUGAAAAAAUCUCCAUAUCUAUGCGCUACUUUUGUGUCCGCGAUGUGAAUCAUAUCAUGAUCGAUGUAGAAAUCCAACUGUAAAGAUAUAAUUUGUAUGAUUAUUAAAUUUUUAUCUCGUGCGCACCAAUGUGUCUCAUAUAUUAAACGGAUGUAUAAGAAUUUA